AGGGAGCCCUGGAAGAUUUUCACUCGAGCUUGAUCCAGCAUUGAUAGCACUCCGAGUUUCUCAGUAAGCGUCGGGGGGGCGUCACCCUUGCCGACAGCCCCACGUCGACCCCCGUCGCGGGCAGCCACCGCGCGCCGAUGGCGCUCCGACCCUCGUCGCGGCGCGACGGCGAGGCGAGGUCGGCGCCCGCCUGGCUCAGGCCGUGCCCGCGCAACGUCUAGCGCCGAGCCCUCGCGCCCACGCGCCCCGCGAAGCUCCGUCAGCAUGGGCGGCCAGCCUGGGAAGGUCGACGCCGACGACAAGAUCCCAGCCACCCAGGGCGCCGGCCAGGCCGACGAGGCCGCCGGCAGCCCCAAGAGACGGGCGGGGGGCCCCCGCGCCGCGGGCCGGCCCGUGCGCACCGGCGCUCUGCUGGCCGCCGCCCUUGUCGCCGCGGGGGGGGCCGGCACCACCGUGUGCCUGAUCUUCUUCGCGCAGAUGAACAGCCUGGCCCUCUUCCUGUCCUUCCUGUUCCUUGCGCUCGGCUCGGCCUCGCUGCUCCUAGCCGCCUGCGCCUCGACUCUGUGGGCGCGGCGGCGCCGCGCCUCGGCCGCGCCCUGCGCCCUCCUCGCGCUCGGGCUCCUGGGCUUCAUGGCCGCCACGGCCGUGCAGCUCGGCCGCGGGGGCCCCGACGCCCCGGCCCCGCGGCUCGUUGGCGAUGCCGAGAGGCUCUUUGGGGACGGCGUGGACGUCGGGGACGACAGUUACUCGGAGUUCCGGAUCCCCGCGCUGGUGGCGACCGACGCGAGGCUGGUCGCGUUCGCCGAGGGCCGCCGCGGCGUCACAGGCGUGCACGGCGACUUCGCGGAGACGGAGCUGGUCUUCCGCACGCGCCCGACGGCGGCGGCGGGAGCGGUGCCAGAGCCGUGGAGCCCGGUGGAGUCCCUGGCGACGCUGCUGAGGAACUCCAGUUUCUGCAACGGCACCGAGUCCGAGUGCCUCCCAGCGGACUGCCAGAGGCACAUGAGCAACCCCGCCCCGGCGGUCAUCAGCUCGCAGCGUGGGGACCUCCUGAUGGUCUUCAACUGCGAGAACACCGGCACCUAUGCCGUGAGGCUGCAGGUGGCGCAGGCGCCAGGCGUCCCCGCAGUCUCCCUUGCCGGGCCCCUGCAGACAGUCCUGACAGCCCCGCCCAGGGGCGCCUCGUGGGCGGGCGUCGGGCCGCCCGCGAGCCUCUUCCUAGCAGAAGAGGGCGUCGUGCUCGUGCCUCUCUAUUAUGCGUGGACGCGCAAGCCGGAGCUUUUUGACGGCCUUGACUCGUUCGGGAUGACGCUGAGCUACGACCUGGACUCGGGGGAGUGGUCCACCCCCUGCGAGGAGUACGGCGGAUCGAAGGGUCAGGUGAACGAGCAUCAGUACUUCAGCUACGGGGGAGAGGUCUGGGCUUUCGCGCGCACCAUCAACUACAACCCGUGGAACCCACGCCGCACGCUUCUUCGCCGUGGCUCGGCUGGCAGCAGCGACAAUUGCUUCGAGGUGGUUGCGCAGCCCCGCUUCUUCGAGCAGCUGCAAGGCUGCGAGGGCUCGGUGCUCACUGUCGGGGAGAACGGGAGCGAGCGAGUCUUCUACACGGGGGUCGACGGCAGCGUCCUGUACCGCAGCAAGCUGCAGCUGUUCGAGGCGCAGACAGGCGGCGGCGCUGGCCAGCCCGCAAUAGCAGGGUGGACGCCUCUGGCGACGCUCCACGGUGGAGGUGCCGCCUACUCUGGGAUGGCAGUCGUCGACGGAGGCCUUCUUGGCGUCCUGUACGAGCGCAGCGACGAGGCCGCGCUGAGCUUCCAUCCAACCGACAUCGUCUUACAUCGUGUCAACAUCUCCGCGGCCACAGGGCGGCGUCUCGCACCAAGCCGUCUUCGCAAUGGCCGUGGCGCUCAGUGAGACUCGCGGGCUCCGCCUGACCAGAGACGCCAGACGCGCGUGUCUGUACAGUUUGCAUGACUGUUUUCGCGUGUGCGUACAAAAAAAGGUUGGCGCCCGUCGGGGGGUGUCUCGGCGGGGAGGGAGAUCGGCUGGCUGGGUCGACACCUCCACCUGGCG